AUGGAAGCCAAGGAACGGUAUCGUGACUGGACUAAGGAGUCUUUGCUCUCGCGGAUUGCCGAGCUUGAAGCACAAUCGACCUCCCUUCGAGCAACCCAGGCGAAAGUCGAUACGGAUGCGCACGUCGCUAGGCUCAAUGCUACCGCUGCUGCUGGUGCUGGUGCGAACAACAACGGCGACAACGCAGCAGCGGCGAAGAAAAGGGGCGGGGCGGGCAAGAAAGUGAAGAAAUCAAAGGAGUUCGACUUUGCCUCUUCGCCUUGUCGCAAGAUUGCCCUCCGUUUCUCGUAUGAUGGGGCAGGAUAUUCGGGCCUUGCUGCUCAAAACGCCGUGCCUGGCGGAGGGGCGGGAAGCACGCUGCCUACGGUGGAAGGGGUGUUGUGGGAUGCACUGUGUACAGCGCGUCUGGUGGACCCUGCGCUGGGGAUGGAAGGAGCAGGGUUUAGUCGGUGUGGGAGAACGGAUCGGGGCGUUUCAGCUGCUGGACAGGUGGUCGCACUUUGGGUGCGUAGUAAGAAGCUCAACCAGUGGUCAGAUCGUCAAGAACAGCAAGAACAGUCUUCGCCCUCCCUCUCGAAAUCAUCAGAAGAAGAGUGGAUAGAGCUGCAGGCGAAAAGAGAGGCAAAGCUGGAAGACACCGAAUUGCCGUACGUGUCUAUCCUCAACCGAAUCCUACCGCCCUCGAUUCGAAUCCAGGCUUGGUCUCCUGUGAGGAGCAACUUCUCCUCGCGAUUUGAUUGCACCUAUCGGCACUACAAGUACUUUUUCCCUUCUGGUCCACCGGCGCUCUUUUACCCACCUCCGUCUUUGUCCUCCGCCACUAUCUCCGCUGCAGGCCUGCCAUCACAAGACGCAGGCGCCACCCGCCUAGACAUCCCUCUGAUGCGCGACGCAGCGCGCCGUUUACUCGGCGAACACGAUUUCCGCAACCUGUGCAAGAUCGACGCGUCCAAGCAGAUCACCAACUACCGCCGACGCAUCGACGGAGUGACCAUUGACAGGGUGUCUUCGCACUGGCCGUCGACGCACAGCACGGUUGUUGAAGACGGAACCGAGGAUGGGGGGGAAACAGAACACAUGUACGUGCUCAACCUGCGCGGGACGGCAUUUCUGUAUCAUCAGGUGCGCAACAUUAUGGCGAUCCUCUUUCUCGUCGGGGCGAGGCUUGAGGCGCCGUCGGUGGUCGAGGAGCUGAUGAACACCGAGGUGGGCCAGAUUGCAGCGGAUAGAGUCAAGAUGCGAUUAGCUGCGCAGAGCGUUCCGCGCGCCACGGCGAAUGAUGCCCCAGAGAAAGAAGAGGGGGAGAUCAAGUGGUGGCUUCCCGUCAACGCGACCGCCUCCUCCGCUCAAGGGACACCCCAGGGCCUGCCUAUGUGGAUGCACUCUGCACUCGCCUCGUCUCCCUCCGACUUCAUCGACGCCGAUUCCGGGCUGGAAGUGUACGCUACCAAACCCAACUACGAGAUGGCGGCGGAUCGGCCGCUAGUUCUGUGGGAGUGCGGGUUUCUGCCGUCCGACGUAGAGUGGAGGACGGGUUCGUACGACGGUGCACUGGCAGGUAUCGCCGCACACGAAGCGGCGGAGAACGUGGUGAUGGCAAGCAACUCGCUCCUGCGCAUGCACAAGCUUUGGACGCAGCGCGCCAUCUCGACUGAGCUCAGUCGUCACUUUGUCCUAGCGUCUCCGAGCGCGCAUACGGGGACUCUCGCGAGCAGGACGCUGUUCGAGGAGGCUUCCUUCCCCUGCUUGCCAACCACAAGGGGAGAACAGGCGGAAGACGUGGAGCGGGGAGGAGCAAGUGGCGUGAUUCCGCUGGGGAACGGGACGGGGAGGGGAGCGGCGAAUUACAUCCCGCUGAAACAGAGGCCGAGGGAGGAACCGUAUGAGGUCAAGAAUAAACGAUGGGCGGAGACAACAGGAAAGAGGCGCGCUGAGAAAAAGGCGCUUGGACAGCAAACGGUGCCACAGCCAAAGGACGAAGAGGACGAGUAG